GCGUCAAAGUUUUCAUCUGUUAUUGAUUUAUUUUAUAAAAUUGUUAAAACAUUACAAAUAUUCCAUUAGAACAAUCGUUAGAUUAUAUAAUUAUUCGUUUAGAGAAUAUAUACAUUUGAUAGAUAUUUGAUAGUAAUAGGGAUUUUUCUCCAGACAAUAGCGGUAGUCCUACUUGCCUGCAUUGCAGGUUUCAUACUACGUAGGGGCCUGAGCUUACACGUUUCUGUCAAAAAUAACGUUCACGAUGCGCAUGAACGCAUUGAGAUGUCCUACAGACGAGCUUAGUCUCACCAACUGUGCUAUCAUUAAUCCUGAUGAUUUUCCAGAAGAUGUCAAACACAUAGAAGUAAUCACCGACCCAAAUCAUCAUUUUGUCUUUACCGUAAAACAUCAUCAAGAUGUACCUAAUGGAGCAGUCGGGUUUAGCUUGCCUCAACGCAAAUGGGCUACGCUUUCUCUUGGACAAGAGAUCGAAGUUCGACCUUACUACUUUGAUCCAACAUCCAGUUCAGAAUGCUUAUGCAAUAUCAUCUUGGAAGCUGACUUUUUACAAAAGAAGUCAACAUCGUUGGAACCAUAUAAUACAGAUGAGAUGGCCAAAGAUUUCCUUUUACGCUUUUCGGGACAGGCAUUCACCGUUGGUCAGCAGCUGGUAUUUCAGUUUAAAGACAAAAAAAUGCUUGGCCUUGUAGUUAAAAGUUUAGAAGCUGCUGACCUUUCUGCGCUUAAAUCAGGACAGAAUCCAACGCCUAAGAAAACAGAAAUGGGUCGUUGCUUGGGUGAUACCGUUAUACAGUUUGAAAAAGCAGAAAAUUCCAGUAUAAAUCUGAUUGGAAAAGCAAAGGGAAAAAUAGUUAGACAGUCAAUUAUUAAUCCAGAUUGGGAUUUCCAAAAGAUGGGGAUUGGUGGUUUAGAUAAGGAAUUCAGUGCUAUCUUUAGAAGAGCAUUUGCAUCAAGAGUUUUCCCCCCAGAAAUUGUAACUCAAUUGGGUUGCAAACACGUUAAGGGUAUUUUACUUUAUGGUCCACCAGGAACAGGAAAAACAUUGAUGGCAAGACAAAUAGGUACCAUGUUGAAUGCAAGAGAGCCGAAAAUUGUUAAUGGUCCACAAAUUUUGGAUAAAUAUGUUGGAGAAAGCGAAGCCAACGUUAGACGAUUAUUUGCCGAUGCGGAAGAUGAAGAAAAGAGACUUGGUCCAAACAGCGGACUACACAUUAUAAUUUUUGACGAGAUCGAUGCCAUUUGUAAGUCUAGAGGCAGCGUAGCCGGUAAUACAGGAGUACAUGAUACGGUCGUCAAUCAGUUACUUGCAAAAAUUGAUGGCGUCGAACAAUUAAAUAAUAUACUUGUUAUUGGUAUGACCAAUAGACGAGAUAUGAUUGACGAAGCUCUCUUACGUCCUGGUAGAUUGGAGGUACAAAUGGAAAUCAGUUUACCAGAUGAAAAUGGAAGAUUACAAAUUCUUAACAUUCAUACAUCUAGAAUGAAGGAUUACAAGAAAAUAUCACCAGAUGUAGAUUUAAAAGAAUUGGCAACAAAAACUAAGAAUUUUAGUGGUGCUGAACUUGAAGGCCUAGUAAGAGCUGCACAAAGUACAGCUAUGAACAGAUUAAUAAAAGCUUCGAGUAAAGUCGAAGUAGAUCCAGCUGCAAUGGAAAAACUUAUGGUUUCUAGAGCCGACUUUUUGCACGCUCUUGAAAAUGACGUUAAGCCAGCAUUCGGUACAAGCGCGGAAGCUCUUGACCAUUUACUUAUUCGUGGCAUUAUUUCUUGGGGAAGACCAGUUACCGAAAUUCUAUCAGAUGGUUUGCUUUAUAUACAAGAAGCACGUGCUGCGGAAGGUUCAGGUCUUGUCUCGGUUCUCUUAGAGGGACCUCCUAACAGUGGAAAAACAGCUCUUGCAGCACAAAUUGCUAAAAAUUCAGACUUUCCAUUUGUUAAGGUUUGCACUCCAGAAGAUAUGGUUGGAUUCACCGAAUCAGCUAAAUGUCUAUUAAUACGGAAGGUAUUCGAUGAUGCAUAUCGUUCGCAACUCAGUUGCAUUUUGGUUGACAAUAUUGAACGUUUAUUAGACUAUGGACCUAUUGGGCCACGUUAUUCGAAUUUAACGUUGCAGGCACUUCUUGUUUUGUUAAAGAAGCAACCACCGCGUGGUCGUAAAUUAUUGAUUCUUUGCACUUCAAGUCGCAGACAAGUAUUGGAUGACAUGGAAGUAUUGUCAGCAUUCAGUAGUACCAUUCACGUACCUAAUUUAUCUACACCCGAACAUCUCUUGAAUGUCUUAGAAGAAGUAGAUUUAUUCUCGAAGAAAGAAAUGACAUCUUUACAUGGAAAACUUCAAGGGAAACGUAUAUUUAUCGGUAUAAAGAAAUUAUUAAGCCUGAUAGAUAUGGCUCGUCAAGUAGAGCCUAAUUACAGAGUACCGAAAUUUCUCUCGAAAUUAGAAGAAGAAGGUGGAUUAGAAUAAAAAUAAAACAAUAACAAUAAAGAAACUAUAUUCUGAAUUCUAACUGUGUAGUAUCCAUAGGUAUUUUUUGCGAUCAGGAGAAGACAAAACUGACAAGAUCAGUAAAAAGUUAACAAUAUAGUAUCUUUAUAAAAUGGUUAUGCAUUAGCGAAAGCGAAAAAUAUCUUCCAUCUUAAAUGGUAUUAUCUAUUUUUUAUACCAUUUAAACGAAAGGAUGUAGAUAUAUUUAUAUUUAUUUGAUAUAUUUUUUUCUUACAUAAUCAUUCAAAUGAUUUUUGUGAAAGUAAAUGUAUUUAGUUAAUUUAAUUUUAUAGGAUUAAAUCAUCUCGGUCAUACAGAUUCUGGCUUCCAAAAUGUGUCAUUAUGAAAUGAUACAUUCAUUUAAUUCUUCAAAUAAUUCCUUUCAAAAUCGAUCAAGUUUUGAAAAGUAACGUUAAUGUUUUAUUAUGUUUAUUAUAUUUGAUUUUUACAUUCCUAGAAUAUGAUUUAUGACGUAAUAAAUAAUAUCGAUGAAGUUUGACCAUUUACAAGAAAGGAGUACUUCCAGAAAGUAUUUUUUUAUAUCUCUGUUUAUCAUAUGACCUUCUAACUUGCAGUGAUUAUCUAUCCAUCGGCAGAUAUAAAUGUAUCAUCCAUUUUGAAUCAAACGCUGUUAGAUCUAUGCAUAUAGUUGGUCCUAUAUUAUCUUGUAAUUAUUGUUGCUUGAUGAGAACCAUCAAAAAA